GCGGUUGAACGGGUUCGGUCGUCCAUCUUCGGUUCGUUUGAAUAAUUUCGAAAAGUUUUUGCGUAUUUUUAGUGUGAGAACGUUUAUUUUCUGUAAAAUAAUUCACGUAAGUCAAGUGUUAAUACUUUUGUAUUAUUAUAUCUUCGAGUUUCUGGUGAUUGUUUCACUUUUAUUGGAUAAGUUAUACGAAAAAGAGUGAAACAGGCUAUUCGGCCUUGAAAAAGUGACGGUUUGAAAUUGGGAACGGGAUACGAUGAUGGCCCCGAUUGUGGACAAUAAUCAGUUCGAACUGCCGGCGGUGGAAACACCGGGCAAAAAGCGGAAACGAAACACGGAAACCAAUCCGUUCCUAGCGUUUUCGGACCAAACGUUCAGCAUUCCUUCCUCGACUCCGAUCCACAGCAAACAGAUCGACGGAAGUGCUUUCGAGAAUCCUAGCUUCCGGUACAAUAAUAAUAGCAGCAAUAAGGAGAAUUACAACAUUUUUUCGGACUCGUGUAUGGAGGUCAAAUCGAUUGCUGAGCUGGCUGGUGAAAAUCCUUAUGAGGUCGUGCGAAAACCGCCCAAUAAGAAAAAGAAACGCAAUCCGGAUUGGGAGGAUAGUUGCUUCGUUAAUCCGGGAUUAAAUUUGAAUGCGGCUGAUAAGCCGGUGGUGAGGAAUCCUUUCGAGGUGCUGAGGAGUGAGGAGACGGCCAAACGGGAGAAUGAGUCCUGUUUCGUGAACGGAGCUUUAAAUAUUAAAGGGAAAGAUAAUGGGGAGAGUUUGAAUCCUUUCGAGAUUGCUCGUCCAACUGUUGGUUCGGUUGAAAUCAAGGAUGAAGGGUUGAAGGGGAUUGAAAAUCCUGCACUGGAGUUGGCCAGCUAUGCUAUUGCAGUGCCCUUUACUCCGUCCAUCAAUCAUAGGAUCAACUUUUCGGAACUUCCCACAAACGCACUCACACCGUGUUCGUUGUUGGCCAAAAAUUUGGUGUUCAGUCCGGAACCAUCAACUAAUUCGCAGGCUCAGGAUAGCACCCCAUUGGUGACCCCGAAGCGAAACACGACCACCACCAGUCGUCGUAAAUCGUUGUCCAUCAUCAGUGAGGAACCUUUAGAUAUCGGCGAGGAGCUAGAUUGCUAUCAGCUGGAGCUGGAGAAUAGCAUCAACGAGGCCAAGGUACGGAAGCAGAAAACGGUGGUCGGAUCAAGUGCUGGUGGAGGACGUAGCGCCGGAAGUGCCCACAAAAGUCGACGAAGUUUGAUCGACAUCAAGCACAUAAGUAAUCUCUCGGCUAAGCUCAGACAGCUGGACGAAGAUGGUGCUGGUGAUGAGGUGGAACCGGGAGUAAAAAAUCUCAAAGAAUCGGAGGAAAUUAACGAAGCUUCCGAGGAACGUCCCACGGCCUCCCAAACCACCUACACGGUACUGAAAGAAACAAGUAUUGUAAAGGAAGAAAUCCGGAUCAACAUAAGCAAUCCUGAUGUCCAGUUCGAAGAAGUGGACGACUUCGAGGACGAAGAACAGGACGUGGAUCUGUUUGCCAAUCCUGCCCCAUUCCAGCGAGCUUAUCGCAAGAAGGAAGAUCCCAAACCGGGAUCCGAGUUUAAAGAACCAGCUUUGCCGGAAACUGCUCCCUCAGGAAAGUCUCACAAAGUAAAAGAUGUUAUUCGUCGUAGUUUCCGCAAGCUUAUGCACCCGAAACAUCAGGAACUGGUCAAUGAUACAGAUGCCAAACCCGCAAAAUCGGAAGAGUCAAGCGGUUUAAUUUCAAGCCUUCGCCAAAGUCUGCGCCGAAAAGUUGGUAAAGCUAAACCAUCUGAAGAAACAGGUGACAACAACAAAACGGACACUUCACUAGAAAAAGAAACACCAAAAGAUAGCCCCCUGGAAAUGUCUAUCAUCGGAGAGGAACCGAGAGCCGUAUUCCGGCAACCCAGCAGCGAUGAGAGCGAUGAUUACAAACCGAUUGCUUCCGGAAUCGCUACCGGAGACCGCAUCGGAACCAGUCUACGCAGCAGUUUGCGUAGGUCCACCAAAGACGUGAAGAAACACAUGAUGAAGACUGUGUUCAAGAAAGCUUCCGAAGAGAAGUGAAUGUAUUGAUAAUUUUAUAACUAUUACUUAUUUUAUUCAUUUUAAAAAAAGUUGAUUUAGGAAUAAGCUUAUUGCUCAAACCAAAAACAUAACGCCACCCACCAAAUUAACUGACCAGUGAAAUCAAGGACCAAAUUACUAAUUUUACCUAAUUUAUUCGGAUUUGCUUUUUUGUGAAAAUUCACGACUGAUCGCUACCAAAUUAAAGAACACCUAGUAUUACUCAUUUAAAUUUAUAGUAGCUACUUAUAAGACAUAACGUUAAGAAAAAGGUAUUUUUGUUACCUUCAUAAUUAGUAGAAAAAUUGUUGGCUGGAGAAAUUUAUAAUUAUUAGUUUCACUAUUGUCACAUCGUUUAUUUUAAGAUUUAUUGCUCAUUUUUUUUAUGUAUCAGACUUAUAAACAUCACGAGUUUUUUUUAUUGUUUCUU